AUGGAUCCCCUCAUAGCAGUCGUUGGUGCAACGGGCACUGGCAAGUCCAAGCUCGCGGUAGAUCUAGCCUGUCGAUUUAACGGCGAAAUUAUCAACGGCGAUGCGAUGCAAAUGUACCGCGGCCUCCCGAUCAUUACGAAUCAGAUCCCCGUCGAGGAGCGAAACGGCAUUCCCCACCACCUGCUGAGUUGUGUAAAUCUGGAGGAGGAAGCAUGGCGCAUCAGUCAAUUCAAAAGCGAAGCUCUCCGGCUUAUCGACGAAAUUCGAGCACGUGGGAAAACGCCAGUUUUGGUCGGAGGCACACAUUAUUAUACCCAGGCGGUACUGUUCAAGGAUCAGUUGGUCGGUGAGGGUUCGGAGGAUGAAGACGGACCGGAGCCAUCAUCUUCAGAGGUAACCUCAACUUCAACCUCGACCUCAACAUCGGCAAAGUGGCCUAUUCUGGAUUCAUCACCUGAGGUGCUCAUGGAGAAGCUAAGAGAGGUUGAUCCCGUGAUGGCCCAGCGGUGGCACCCGAAGGAUGGUCGGAAGAUUCGACGGUCGUUGGAGAUAUACUUCCAAACUGGACGGCGAGCUUCGGAUAUUUACGCCGAGCAGCAAGUCAUGAAAAAGGAGGCUGUUAGUAAUGACGAAGGACUGCUGCGGUUUGACAACACCAUGAUCUUCUGGGUACAUGCCGAAAAGGAGAUUCUCAAUACACGGCUGAAUGGUCGUGUUGAUGAUAUGCUGAAGAUGGGAUUGAUGUCAGAAGCCAAGACUAUGUUUGAUUAUAUACAACAGAAACAAUCAGAGGGCAUUGAGGUGGACAUGACCCGCGGCGUCUGGGUAUCAAUUGGGUUCAAAGAGCUUGCGCCCUAUUUCUCGGCCCUCCAAGAAGCCGAAACCAAGAUGAGCGGAGAAGAACUUGAAACUCUCAAAAAGAAUUGCAUCGAAUCGAUCAGAACUGCCACGCGCCAAUAUGGCCGGUCCCAAAUCAAAUGGAUCAGAAAUAAACUAUGGAAAGCCAUGUCUGAUGCAGGAAUGACACAUCGCCUGUACCUUCUUGAUAGCAGCAACGUCGCCGACUGGAAAUCCUGCAUUACAGAGCCAUCUGAGAAUCUUGUCCAGUCAAUGCUCCACGGCAAGAGCACGCCCGACCCUAAGUCUCUCUCGGAGCUUGCGAAUACCGUCCUCGGCGCCAAAGAAGACCAAGCAGUUCAAAAGCCAGAUUCGGCCACGCAAUGUUUCACCUGCGAUAUAUGCCGUAAAACCAUGGCCGGCGAAGAACAGUGGAAAAUCCAUUUGGCUAGCUCUCCGCACAAGAAGGGCCUCAAGUCGGCGGCAAGGAAAGCAGAACGGGAUGAAUAUUUCCGAAAACGAGAAUUAGAGGAGGCCAAGAAGGCUCCCGCAACUGGAGCCAGCGCCGAAGACCAAGGGCAAACAUGA